AAAAAAAAACAAAAACAAACAAACAAGAAAAUUUCGAGAGCAAGUUAAAAUAUGAGAUUAAAUACAAUUAAAAUGUUGCACAAUAAUUGUCGUGGAGGGAUUUAUCAAUCAAGUAAAGUCCAAAGAUUUCAGGUACCAGAUGAUAAAGUUGAUUGGUCAAUUGAUUAUCCAGAGUACAAUCCACCAGAUUACACAUCAUCUGUUGUUGUAGGAAAACCUUGGGCUGAUCUAGACAUUGAUGAUCCUUCUUUUAAACCAAAAUGGAAUCAAAUUGAUGGUAAAAUUAAUCGACAUUGUCACAAUGGAAUUUACAAAUUCGAUGAUAAUAAUCGUCCAAUAAAUCCAGCUGGUAGAACAGGAAUACGAGGAAGAGGAUUGUUAGGACGUUGGGGUCCAAAUCAUGCAGCUGAUCCAAUAGUAACACGAUGGAAACGUGACAUUGCUGGCAAUAUAACAAUAAACAAUGAAUCGAAAAAACAAAUUUUACAAUUUAUUGGAAUUAAAAGAAAAGAUACAGGAGAAUGGGCAAUACCUGGUGGUAUGGUUGAUGCUGGUGAAGUAAUAUCAUUAACAUUAAAACGUGAAUUUAUGGAAGAAGCAUUAAAUUCAAUUGGAAAAACACCAGAACAAUUAUCAAUUAUUACUGAUUCAAUCAAUAAAUUAUUUUCUAAUGGUGAAGAAAUUUAUAAAGGAUACGUUGAUGAUCCAAGAAACACUGAUAAUUCUUGGAUGGAAACUUGUGCUAUGAAUUUUCAUGAUGAUGAUGGAAGUCUUGUUGGUAGUAUACCACUUGAAGCUGGUGAUGAUGCAUCAAACGUCAGAUGGAUUGACAUUGAACAAAAUUUAAAUUUAUAUGCUAAUCAUAUCAAUUUUAUUCAAUUAACUGUUGAAAAAAAAAAAGCACAUUGGUAAAAAUAAUUAAAUUAAAACGAUUUUUUUAAUUUUAGAAUUGAAUUAUAUUCUACUAAAAUAAAUUUUAUCUUAAUUCAUUAAAAUACAUUUUAUAUACAAAUAUA